AUGGACAUACGGCCGAACCACACGAUAUACAUAAACAAUCUUAAUGAGAAAAUUAAGAAGGAGGAACUUAAAAAGUCCCUCUAUGCUAUAUUCUCUCAAUUUGGGCAGAUUUUAGAAAUCGUUGCACUGAAAACCCUCAAGAUGAGGGGACAAGCAUUUGUUAUAUUCAAAGAAAUAUCCAGCGCAACCGUCGCCUUGAGGAGUAUGCAAGGAUUCCCGUUUUAUGACAAACCCAUGAGAAUACAGUAUUGCAAAACUGAUAGUGAUGUAAUAGCAAAGAUGAAGGGCACCUUCCAAGAAAGACCUAAAAGACCAAAACUUCCAAAAGGGUCUGAUGAGAAGAAGAAAAAGAACAAAGAUCCCAAUAGACCAAAUGUGCCUGGAUUUGGUCAACCGAGUGUUCUCAACAAUGUUAAUGCUGAACAGCCACCAAACCAAAUUCUAUUCCUUACUAAUCUUCCUGAUGAAACAUCGGAAAUGAUGUUGUCUAUGUUGUUUAACCAGUUCCCUGGUUUUAAGGAAGUUCGACUGGUGCCUAACAGACAUGAUAUUGCCUUUGUUGAGUUUGCUAAUGAAAUGCAAUCGGCGGCCGCCAAAGAAGCCCUACAAGGCUUCAAGAUCACUCCCACUCAUGCUAUGAAGAUAUCAUUUGCAAAGAAAUAG